AUGCUGGUGGUAUCCGGCCUGGCGCGCAUCGCCGGCCCCAAGCUGCUGACUGACUUCCAGCAGCCCUUUGAUGCCGAGCUGGAAGUUGUUUGCGACCUCCAGGCACGCGUGCUGGCUUCAGAGCCAGGCCUGCCCCUGCUGUCAGCCCUGGGCGCCCUGGCGCUGGCCCUCGCCUCUCUGCAGCGCCCGGCGCGCUUCUUCUCCGACUUCCACCCGGAUCCCUCCCAGGCCGCCGCAGCCGCCGCCCUGCUGGAGGUCUGCCGAAUCGCGUCCGCGGAGGUCUAUACACACCCCCGCGUUGUCGCGGCGCUGCUGCAGACGGCCGCGGCGCUGCAGCCGUCGCGUGCCGAGCGGGGGCGGCUGGUGGACCUCGUCAAUGGUCGCGUCGCAGCGGCAUCCACGCGGGAGUCAGGGGGGCGGACAGGCGGGGUGUCGCGGGAGGUGGCGGCGCUGAUGGCGGCGUCAGAGGUGCUGCAGGACACGAUCUACGGGCUGGCCCCGGGUGACGACGCGCGCUGCGGCGGUGAUGGCGAGGUACCUGGCGGCGCCGCCGCAACGAAUGACCGUGGAACGCCGCUGCAGCAUGAGCGGCAGGAGCAGCAGCCGGUGGACGUGCACCUUCUCACGGCCUGCAGGCAGAUGCUGCACGCCGCGGCAGCCGCGGCAGCCCACCAGAGGGUUGACGGCAGCGGCGGCGAGGAGGGGGCAGCAUCCCACCCAUACACGUCCAACGGCGCCGCAGGGCAGGGCCCCGCCAAUGCACCCGAGGCACCAGCAGCCGCAUCGACAACCGCAGUUGGCGGCGGCAGCGCGGCGCAGGCAGCAGCGGAGGCGGCCGCGGCAGCGCUGGCGCUCGUGGCUUCCGACCCGCGGCUGAGCCCGCUGCUGGUGAUGACGCGGGACCAGGCGGCAGUGGUGGCCCCUGUGUUGCGCGAUGCUCUGCUGGACGGCAGGGCCUGGGCGCCACUCAGCGACACGCGCAGUCCGCAGCAGGAGCAGCAGCAUGAGGGGCAGCAGGAGGAGCAGCAGGGCCCGGCGUGGCCGGGCGGCGCGCCGCUGCGGCUGCGGUGCAGCCGGCGGGUGCGGGUAGCGCCGGGGCGAGGCGGCCUGCUGGAGCUGCCGGGCCUCGUCAGCGCAACCGACACGGCAAAAGAGUGGCUGCUGCAGCACCAGCAGCGGCUCGAGGAGGGGGGGCCGCAGGCGGGGCCAGCAGACUCGGCAGGGCCAGGCGAGGCGGAGCCAGCGGCGCAGGGAUCUGGCGCGGUGGUGCCCCAGCGAGGCUGGCUAGAGCUGCCCGCGGGCGCGCCCCUGCGUGUGCUGGUGGUGACGCGCGAGGUCCUGUCGCUGCUGCUGCAGCAGCACCCCAACCCCGACGUGCGCAGACUGCUGCACACAGCCGGCCUCGAGCCGCGGCGCCGGGUGCUGCUGGCAGUGCUGUCCGCGCUGGCGCGCGCCCGCGCCGCGGUCGCGCGCGAGCGUGGUGCGGGCAGCUUCCUGUCCCUCCAGCUGGCGGGGGGCAGCGCGCUGCGGGAGCCUGCGGCUGUUGAGGCGCUGCUGCGCGGGCUGGCGGGCGGCGUCGCGGGGUACGCGACGGCUGACCUGGCGGGGCUGGAGGCGCUGGCAGAGAGGCGCGGCCGCGCCGCGGGGCGAUCUGUCGCGGGCACUGCUCACGACGGUGACGUCAUGGGUGGCGGCCGGCAGGAAGGGGGCGGCGCCCUGCCGCCCUGGGACGUGGACUAUUAUAUGCAGGCGGUCGCCGUGGAGGUCGCGUCCGGCGCGGUGUGGCGCGAGUUUUCGGACUACUUCACCCUGCCGGGGCUGUGGGCGGGCCUGGACCGCCUGCUGGCAACGGCUCUGGGCCUGCGCCUGCUGCCGCCGCACGGGGACGGGGCCGACCAGGCCUGGGGCCCUGGGGUGUGGCACUUGCAGUUGUGGGACGCCGACGCCGCCCCACCAGCUGGCCCCAGCGCAGGCAGCCAGGGCCAGGGCUUGAGCGCCGCUGGGGGCGGCGGCGGCGGCAUGCGUGAGGGUUGGAGUCUGCUGGGGGACGUGUUCAUUGAGGUGGCGCCGCCAGGCGGGUUCCCCUUCACCACCCUGCUGCGGCCCACGGUUGCGCCGCACCAAGGGGGUGCGAGCCCCCGCGAUGAAGGAGGCACAAGCGACGGCAGUGGCAGCUAUUGGCCCGAGCCGGGGCCGGGGGCGGUCGUGAUCCGUCUACCCCUGGCACUGUCGAUUGAGGGGAGCAGCGGCGGAGGCGACAGCAGUGGGGACGACGACCCUGACGGCCCCGCGCCGCCGGGCCGGCCGCCCGCCCUGCGCGGGCCGUUUGGUCUGCGCGCCCUGCUGCACGAAGCCGGCCACGCUGUCGCCCUCCUCGCGGCGUCCGCCGCCGCGCCGCACCCGCUGGUCGCGGCGGCGGCCGGCGCUGCCGGCGCGGGUGGCGGCGGCGGCGGCGUGGACGCGCGGGAGCUGCCGAGCCACGUGUUUGAGGCAUGGGCGGCCGACCCGCGCGCGCUGGCGCUGCUGGGGCAGCACUGGCGGACCGGGGCGCCGCUGCCGCCCAAGGCGGCGGUGCGUCUGGCGCGCUACGCGUUCAGCGCGUCGUCCUGCAGCGCCCUCGACCUCCACGAGGCGCUGCUGCUGGCACUGGCGGACGCGCGCCUGCACGCCGCCUCAGCGGACGACCUGGGGGCCGAUGCUGCGGCGGCCGGCGCUGCGGCGCGCCUGCGCAGCGCGCCCAGCGACGCCCAGGGUGCGCUGACGGGACGCGGCGGCGGCGCUGAUGCUGGCAGCGCGUCCGAGGCGGAGCGCGUGUUUGAUGAGGUUUGGGCAAUGCUGGGCGUGCUGCCGGGCGGCGGGCGCUGCCUCGAGGCGCUGCGCGGGCUGGAGGCGCUAGGGCCCAUCGGCGGCGCAAAGUGGGGCUACGCGGCCGCGCGGCUGCUGGCGGCGGCGGCGCGCAAGCGGUGGCUGGGCGACGACUCGCUGAGCCGCCGCGGGGGCCGCGAGCUCAAGGGGCGCCUGCUGUACGGCCUGGGGCGCGGCCUGCCGCAGCAGCAGCUGCUGGCGGGGCUGCUGGGCCGCGACGCACUCGCGCGGAUGGAGGUGCAUGUGCAGGGGGAUGCGCGUGGUGAUGCUGCUGCUGCGGGGGGCGACGCCGCUGGGGGAGCCAGCACGCGGGUGUGCUGGGUGCCUGACCUUUACUCAUCGGCCUUCCAGGACGUCGACCUGCUGGGCUGA